UAUUUUGCCGCUUUAUUCUAUUAUUCGCAAAGAAAGGUAAAUUUAACUUGAUUGCGUACUGCGGCGCUGAUGUCGUGACGUCACGUUGUAAACAACGGAAAUACUCCUCCGCGUGACUGGGCCAACCCUUGGCAUAAAAACAAAAAUAUUUACAACGGAAAGACGUGUGCGUCAUUCUUGCCAGCAACAGUUUUUCAGACUUGACUUCGAUGCUGAUUGAAACGGAGCGUUGAUCAUAACGUGCGUCAACUAUAAAGUGGACCGGGACCGAGAAGAAAAAUAGUGCUGCGUAGGAACCUCUGUGAAGCUGUGUUACGGCCGGACCAUAACAAACCGUUCGGUAUUGCGAAAGGUUUCAGCUGUGGAAAAUUUCGGUCUUGUUGUCCUCGAAAAAUCGCAGGAAAAUGUCCUAGCCGGGUGAUGCUCCGGAGAUUCUGUCUCUCUGAUGAACUCCAAACAUGUGUUGGAUGUCGUCCUGUGGAGAAUCUCUCCAAGUAAGCGGGAAUCGCGAGCUGGGAUUUUGGCGGAACGCAGCAGUAGCAGGCCGGGACUCGCCCGAAGAGAGGCCAUUGUCGUUUGGUUUGGGUAGGUUUGGAUCGGAACACUAAAGAAGCCCAAAUUCUGCCUGAUACAGUCAUGGCAGAAUCUGUAGGCGAGUUUGAAUACCACAAGAAAGAUCUGAUCGGCCAUGGAGCCUUUGCAAUCGUCUUCAAAGGACGCCGGAAAAAGCGACCGGAGUCUCCUGUGGCAAUUAAAUGCAUCAGCAAGAAAAAUUUGAGCAAGAGUCAUGCACUGCUGGGAAAAGAGAUUAAAAUCCUGAAGGAGCUGCAGCAUGAGCACAUCGUCUCACUGCUUGACUGUGUGGAAACUCACACAAAUGUCUACUUGGUCAUGGAGUACUGCAAUGGUGGGGACUUGGCAGACUAUUUGCAGGCAAAAGGCACCCUCAGUGAAGAUACCAUUAGGCUGUUCUUCAAACAAAUAGCCUCUGCUAUGAAGGCUCUCCAUGCCAAAGGUAUCAUCCAUCGGGACCUCAAGCCUCAGAACCUGCUACUGUCUCACUCAAGACCCAACCCUGCACCUCAAGACAUCAAGAUCAAGAUAGCUGAUUUUGGAUUUGCAAGGUACCUGCAGAGUAACAUGAUGGCAGCAACUCUGUGUGGCUCCCCCAUGUAUAUGGCCCCAGAAGUGAUCACCUCCCAGCACUACGAUGCCAAGGCAGACCUGUGGAGUAUCGGCACCAUCAUGUUCCAGUGUCUCACAGGCAAGGCUCCCUUCCAGGCCUCCAGUCCACAGGGACUCAAACACUUCUACGAGAGAAACAAAGUCCUCAUUCCAAAUUUGCCAGCAGGCACCUCCUCAGCCCUUCGAGACCUUCUCACUAAACUGUUGAAAAGGAACCACAAAGAGAGAAUGGACUAUGAGGAAUUCUUUGUCCAUCCAUUCAUCUGUGGCAGUCCUACCAAGCCCACGUCCCCUGUCCCAGUCCCCCUGCGCCACACAUCCUCCUCCAGCUCACCCAGCAGCAAGUCUUCAGCCUCACCUGCCCCCCUCCCCAUGGGCAGCUCUCCUCUGACGGCCGCGGGCAAUCUGAGACCGCGGGAAACCCCAGACCUGCUGAGCUCGCCCCAGGAGCCGCCCAGCUUCCUGGACGUGUCGCGGGACACACAGAGCAGCAAGUCCUCGUCUGACCAGGAGGACUUCGUCAUGGUCCCCACCAACCUGCCCUCAGACAUAUCAGCUGAAGGUCACUUGUCACGACCACGAGGCCUGGAGAGUGCCUACAGUGCCUCUCCUCCCCGUGUGUCAGCGACUCCCCCUAGCAGAGCGCAGGCUCCCGUGGCUGUAAGAACAGACUCCAGACCAUCCAGUCUGCCUGUUCACAACCCUGUCCACCCCCCUACCGGCAGCAUGGCAGAGCCUGUCCCCGUACCCUCGCAGCUUGAGGCGUACCAUGUGAUCCAGCAGCGGAGGGGGUCCCUCCCCUCCCCCAACACCCCUCCCUCCCCUGCCAGGAGGGGUUGUGGUACCAGCCCAGGUGGACAGUAUUCCAGCCCAAAGUUAGCAGCACCUGGUGUACACAGGGACAAGGUGAAAAGCACAACACCCCCACAACUUGGAACAGCUCUUCUCAACAUGAACCCCACCACCCUCCCCACCAUAGUGGGCUCUCCCACGUCCAAGUUCCCUCUCACCACGGCGGACAGUCCGGCAGCGGCGGCCAUGGUGGUCCAGACGACCCCGGGACAGUCCAUGAGAGACGGCGCGGUGGUGUCCCAGCUGCAGGGCUCCCGUGUACGAGCAAUCACGCCGUCAAGUAUUGCAGAGUGGAGCAAGUCUCCGCUGUUCAAGGGACAAGGAAGCCGGACAGGUAUGGGCAGAAGACAGCUGUCGUUUGGGAAUGCCUCCAGUUUGCUGCGGGCGGCGUUUGGCAGUCCCAGCGGCAGCACGGGCGGGGCCUCAUCCUCCGGCAGUAUGGAGGUGUCUGUACCUGUCAGGAGCCAAGGUGCUACCGGUGUGUCCCCACCCUCCUCCAUGUCCCCGCCCAGCGGUGGUGCCAUGACGCAGUUCAGGAGGCCGUCCACCCCCGGAGCCAUCAUGGCAUCUUCCCCUGACAUGGAGGGUCCCAUCUCAUUUGUGGCACCAGAACUUCCAGAGGAAACUCUUCUAGAGCCUGCCCAUAACGAGACCCUCCAGCGGAUCCACUUUGCGCUGAUCCUGGGGGAGUGCAUCAUGGAGGUGGCGCAGUCCAAGGGCGCGCCCGGCGCCUCGCUGACCGAGUCGCUACAGGUCAAACAGAACGAGGACUUCCAGUCCGACCAGAUCUGCUUCGUCAGCGAGGGAGUCCGGCGAGCAGAGCAGAUUGUUCUGUACAUGCGCGCCACACAGCUGUUCUCUUCAGCACUGCAGCAUGCCAGGGAGGAGGUUAGGGCUAGCCAACUGAAACCAUCCAAGGCUGUGAAGGAGAGGGUGGCCAAACUUAACGACAGGUACAAGGAGUGUAUCCGAGCGUGUAAGACCCUCCACGAGCAGGGCGACGUCAAGAUGGCGGAGAUCAGCGCCAGUAUGGCCAACAUGACGGCCGACAAGCUGCUGUAUAACCACGCCGUGGAGUGCUGUCAGGGCGCCGCGCUGGAUGAGCUGUUUGGUAACCCGGGGGAGUGUGCCAGCCGCUACCGCACCGCGCUCAUCCUGCUGCACGGCCUGGCACUCACCAUAGAGGAUGAGGACGACAGGGGCAUGCUGUUGAAAUAUUCUGAUGCAGUUGACAAGAGGCUGACAUGCUUAGAGAAGGUCCACCAACCAGUUCUUGUGUUUGAUUAGGAACUUGGCACUGGUAUUGCCAGACAUAUUACAGGUCUUCUGAUUGGUUAGUGUUGAUGACAAGAUUAAGAAUCAAACUACCUUGCCACUUGAGUAUGUUCGGUGUUCUCGUUUUGAAGUUGAGAAUUCAGACAAAUGUUGUUACUCAAAUAUAUGGUACAAUGGUAGGUUGCUUUGAUUCUAAACAUCAUAGUGUUGUUAGUCAUGUAUUUAUUGGGCAUUCAUGUUAUGAGGGGUAAAUACAUAGGGGAUAGGCAGGCUCACUAUUAGUGUAGUGUUGAAUUUUCCAGUGAGAAACUCAGUUUAGCAUGAAAGUUUAUCUGUGUAGCUACGAUGUAUACAACCUCAUCAAAAUGAUUGAACCAUUUUCCAACUCAAAGACGAGUCUAGCCUUUGUGUUGGAAAAUAGUUUCAUCUUUUCCAUAAGAAACACAGUUUGUAAGAUUGGGCAGUGAUUUCUUCAAAACGUUUGGAAUGUGUGACAAGCUGUCCUCUAUGUGAUGGCAUGCAAACUUUGAUGACCUACACUGGUCAGAGCCAUUUACCUUUACGUUCUGAUGCUGUAGAUUACUAUGAAGAGUGGACAUUAUGAAACAUUCAUUUUCGACGGUGUCACUCAAAGAUAUGACAGUGAAAACGCACCCUUAAAUAUCACAGCACCAAAGAACAAGAAAAUUCACACAUACACUCUCUAUCGUUAGCAUUAGCUCCCUUGCCUCAAAAUAUUUCUAUCAGCCAUCCCUUGCCGAUACUAGACAUAAUACGUGAACAAGCCAGUUGUUUCAAUCGGCAGUUGUGCUAGACUAAGUGUUGAGUGUGUUUUUAAAGAUGUUGCAAUGCAUUGCCUAGGUGCUGACAUGGAUAUUAUAUUGAUAUGGAGAUCUAAAGACCUCUGUAGUAACUUGUACAUAUUACUGUGUUCAGAUUCAUGUAGUUUUAGUGAAAGCAGAGGGCUACUGAUAUGGUGUGAGCAAACUUCCAACUGUGAGGCAUUGAUACAGUGUAAGACAGAUAAGGGGAUUUCUGCUUUCUCUGUGUUCCUAAUGAAGAUAUAUUGUGAUGCAAGCCUAUACUUUUAUCAUUCUAUAAUAGUUAAUCGUUGACAUUUGUAAUUAUUACGGUUCUUUAACGUUGAGCAUUUUGCUGCAUUGUGAAGGAAACAGUGUGACAGAAGAAGAAAAAAAGUUGACAAAUGUGAUUUUGUGCAAGUGUGACAGUUUUACAGAAGUGUGCCUGUUUUCAUGAAGAAAUGUCUGAUGCUCAAAAGUAGUAUUUUAUGUGGUUACACCUCAGAGUAUGCAAGUAUUUUAAAAAUCGAGUUUUGAAGUAUAAUGUCUGUGUCCCUUUAGUUAACAAGGUAAUGAAGAAGACAACCAUUGUUUUUUGUUUCUUAUGAUUAACAAAGACUUAAGAUAGAAAUCAGUGUGAUUUGUAUAUUGCAAGUUAUAACAGGACUUGAUGUAAAUACCAAUGUAUAUAUACUGCCUGUAUUUAUAAACUGUACAAUCAUUUGAAGUAAAUUAUUCUGGUGUUUGAAAAAAAA